AUGCCUCCUAAAAAGGGUAAGAAACCUGACAAGGGACCAAAAGGUAGGAUAAAUCAUGUAAUCACGAUGUAAUUACUGAAUUCUGGUCCUGAAAAAUUUAUCAAAAUCCGAUUACCAAUAUUUUCUUAUUUAUCUCACCAAAAUCUUGGAAAUUUGUAAAAUGAAUUCAUGCAAGGUUCAACUAAUUCCUUGUGGAACGAAACCGGAACACCGAAAGAAAACCGACGACUUUUGACAGAGCGUUGACUGGCUCUUCACAUGAGUCUGGUGCGGGAACCCACAAUCUCAGAGAUGAAAGGCGCUUGCUCUGACGCGACUGCAUCACCGAAGCCCCUGCAGCACAUUAAUUAAUUGUUCUCAGUACAUUAAGUACAUUAAUUUAACUCUUCUCUAGAUUGAUUGUAGAUUUAUAGUUCUUUAUGUGUAUAAUUUACAGAAAGUGAUGGAGACCAGGCGACAGGUGGAAAGUCAAAGAAGGGAGGAACUUCUGUGAAGUUGUUUUUGUCACUUAAUAAUAAUUUAUCAUUAUAAACAAAAUUUACAGUCUUCAGUAGACACAAUACACCUUAAUCACGCUUUUUGAGUAAAAAAGAGAGUUAAAAUUUGAUGUUAGCAUUCUACCAGAAGUGAAAACACCAGGUCAAAGUUAGCAACUACAAGAAAUUCGAAGUUUUAUGUUGAAAACUGUGGCACUGGUACUAUUUUUAAAAAGAAAUUUUGUAUGAGGAUUUGCUAGGAAUUGAAGCUUGCUCUGUUUAUUUCUGGUAUUUAAUAUAUAGUGCUAACAUAAAACUUGAAUUUACUCAAAACGUGAUAGAGCUCUAUUCUGCUGAGAGAAAUAAUAAUAAUCAUACAUGGGCAAAUGUAAAUUUAAUGUUUGUGAUGUUACUGUGAGUGUGCAUCCACACCGGGCAAGCUGAAAAGUUUGCCUGACCACGGUGGGAACCGACCAAGUCAGUUCGAAUUGUUGAUAUUUCGGAACUGAGUCUAGUUCCUUCAAUAUUAAUAUAUUCUAUGAUACUUUUUGUGUGUGUUGGUGUUAUCUACUCAGGUGAAUAUGAUGUUUGUGAUGUUACUCUGAGUGUAUAUCCUCUCCGACUCCGGGCAACUUGCUCCACCCAUCAAACGCAGGUGUAUUUUGACCACUAAAUAAAGAUUAGAAAGCAAAAUCUAAUUUCAUCAUUGAAGAUUUAUUUUAAGUUAUUAACUACUCAAAGGUUUUUUAUAAAUAUUUGAAAAUCAGGGUGGAUUUAUGUCUUGUCUAGAGUAAAACUAUACCUUACUACCUGAUGGGGUACAAAACCACCCCGUUUUUAUAAAUAUUUGAAAAUCAGGGUGAAUUUGUGUCUUGUCUAGAGUAAAACUAUACCUUACUACCUGAUGGGAUACAAAACCACCCCGUUUUUAUAAAUAUUUGAAAAUCAGGGUGGAUUUGUGUCUUGUCUAGAGUAAAACUAUACCUUACUACCUGAUGGGGUACAAAAGCACCCCGUUUUUAUAAAUAUUUGAAAAUCAGGGUGGAUUUGUGUCUUGUCUAGAGUAAAACUAUACCUUACUACCUGAUGGGGUACAAAACCACCCCGUUUUUAUAAAUAUUUGAAAAUCAGGGUGGAUUUGUGUCUUGUCUAGAGUAAAACUAUACCUUACUACCUGAUGGGGUACAAAACCACCCCGUUUUUAUAAAUUACUCUUGAGGAAGGGACAUUUUGUAGUGAAUUAAUAUGUGUGAUUUAUUCCAGGUUAGACAUAUUCUAUGUGAAAAACAUUCAAAAGUUAUGGAAGCAAUGGCCAAAAUAAAAGAGGGUCAAAAGUUUGAUGAAGUAGCAAGAACGUACAGCGAAGAUAAAGCAAGACAAGGGGUAUAAUAUUUUUUAUUAUAAUUGAAAUAAUUUUAUUAUUUAUACUGUUACUACUAUUUAAUCAAAUUAUAAAUUGCUGUAAAAAUUUACGGUAACCACUGAGUAUUCUAAUAAAAUACAAUACAAUGGAAAUUUGUAUUUGAAGAAAUUCACAUUUUUAAUUCAACGUUUCGACUACUGUUGAGUCAUCAUCAUGAGGGAUUAUCAUAAUUCCUGACGAUGACUCAACAGUAGUCGAAACGUUGAAUUAAAAAUAUGAAUUUCUUCGGAGUUUCCAUUGUAUUGUAUAAAUUGUUGCAUUACAGUAGUGUACAGUAUUAUUGCAGGAUUAGUAUUUUUUUAUUGCUUGUAUUUUUCAAGCUUUGCCAUUAAAAUUGAUAGACAUAUAAAUACAGUUCAUGACAUAAAUUAAACUCAAAUAAUAGUGAUUGGCUGGAAUCACCACACAAAGAAAAAUUCUCCAAUAACGGGGUUCCAAAACAUUCAAAAUGUAAAAUAAACUUUGGAAGUACGACAAACGUUAAAGAAAACAACCACAGACAGACAAAUAAACAAACAGAAGACAAGAGCGACAACUGAAUUAGAGGACAAUUCGAACAACAAAUUCACAAAUUGGGUGUAGUGUUUUUGUGUUUUUGGACGACAUCAAUGUCUAAAAUCUUAAAUCUAAGGUUUUAGAUUUUUAGUAACAAAUAAAGCUGUGUUGAAAGAGAAACAUAGACUUUGAUGUCGUCCAAAAGCACGAAUUUAUCGAACUCUUUCCUUGUUCCAACUAAGAGGCUCUCAUACUUGUAGUGUUUAAUAAAUUGUGCUUUUACGUCAGUAAGUUCCAUUUCAUGAAGUACUUUUAUUUCCUGUCAUGUAUUUCUGUGACUGUUCGAAUUAUUUUUAGGGUGAUCUCGGCUGGAUGAAUAGGGGUUCUAUGGUAAGUACAUGAAAUACAGUUGUAAAAUGUUGACCGUAUUUAAGAUUUUAUUUGACAUACACACUGGAUGGUCUGUAGGGAAUUAUCUAGACAGCGUCAACUAAUUUGAAUUUUGAAUCAACUAAUGGUUGCACUGGAUCAAAAUUUGAAAAUUUAACUAAAAGGUUCAUUGAAAGGAUUGAUUCUGGUAAUAUUCGACAAAACAAAGAAUGACACUUUUUAAGUUGGUAGCUCAUGCAUUUCCUAAACCUAUAUAAAUAUUUAUUUAGAUUACCUAAAAAGGAUGUUAGAGGUACUAAAGUAUAUGAUUCUUCUCUGGAUCUAUUUUUUAAAUAUUUAUUUAGAUUACCUAAAAAGGAUGUUAGAGGUACUAAAGUAUAUGAUUCUUCUCUGGAUCUAUUUUUUGGAUACAUAGACGACUGUAGAUACUGUAGUAUAGAUAUAAAGACAGACGCUGUAGAUAUGAGGUGUUGUUAUACAAGGCGCCGAUCGACAACGGCUGUCACGUAAUAUUGUUUUUGGUAUAUAUAGGAAUAUCUGGUCUGUUAUCCAUGUUGACAUAUACGAGAAAAUCCUUGUAAGAAAUUGUUAACAUACAAUCACUCGCUUUUAAAGCAGUGGACCGCAACAUAAUGGCAAUAAUACCGCGAGCAAACAUUUAGCAUUUGUAUGAUGUUGCUCUGUUGGAGAAGGCUCCGCAAGCCAGCUUACCACCAGCUCCCGCGCGGCUAGACUGCUUGAUAGAUAGGGAAGCUCCCGGCCUUUCCAGCUUGACACAUACAAAUGAUGCCGAGAAUUCCUCUCGACGGACAGAGAUAGCGUCAUACAAACCAGUAACGGACGACGUUAAAUAACCUACACUGGACACUUACCCAUCUGAAGGAACAACGUACAGAAACAUGUAAAUUGUACUCCCUGAACCCCCCAAAAAGGCACAAUCUGUACUGUAAGCCGUAAACUGAAAAAAUAUAACAACUUUUGCAAUUGCAAUAGCGACUAUAGUACCUAAAAACCUAAACAAACCAAGAGUUAAACAAUUAAAAAACAAGCUAAAUAAAUCCUACAGAAUAGCUGGAGGUAUGCCCGUGGCCGUGAGCAGGCGCGGCAAACAGUUACGACGAAAAAACGCCAAACAACGCUUGCAAAACGUCAAUAGCGCACCUUAGUCCAUGUGUUGUUACCUCGAAAAGUGCCUAGAAAAGAUUUUCAUUUGGCAUGUCUUAGAUCUGAAAUAUUUUUAUGGGAACAAACACUUUCGAACACGUUGAGUUCAAAUCCGAAAAGUUCCCGCUCCGUAGACCCGCAGUUUUCUCACAAAAUGCUAUUUUAUCUUCAAUAAUUUCACAGCAAUUUUUUUCAUUGUUCAACGACACGGAUUGAUGACGAUACACGAUUAUGUCACUCAAAAGGACCAAUUUCUGUUAACCAGUCUUCCUUUUAACAAAAGACCGGUUUUGCUCGAAUUAUUUUGAGUUAUGUAAUCUUAUGCGUGUUGGACGUAAACAACAUAUCUUGUCUACAACUUUGAGAAGGUACAGAUAAUUCUUUCUAAAAUUCUUAGUACAGAUAAUUCUUUCUAAAAUUCUUAGUUCUGGCUCUAUGUCUCUGGGAUGAGAAAUAAUUCCUUACAUGCGAUCAAAAUGUUUUAUAUACAAAGAUGUAAAGCGAUAAUCUUAUAUGUAAUGGAUCAGCAUUUAAAUUUUCAACACAGUUUCCGAGACGUAAUUCAAGAGAUAAUUUAUCAUUGCAUUUGAACUAUUACAUCAAUUGGUGUUAUGCUGUGCGAUUAGCGAAUAUUAUUGGAAAGAGGGCUUCCAUAUACGUUGAAAUCACCAAAUAAACAGCUCAUGCAUGCACACAUUUCUCCACCGGUCCUAAGUUUACAGAGCAUAUUUUAUACUUUGGGAUGAUGAUGAUGUGAACAUUUAUUGUUAUAGUUGAAAACCAGCAUUUUAUUUAUUUUUUUCUUAAUUUAUUAUUGCAUGCAUGAUUACUUAUAUAAAUUAUAUGUACGUAUAUACUGCUGAAAAGUUACCGUGUAUAAAGAUUUUUUUUAAAAUUUUAAAUAGUUUAAGGUUAUUUAAGAUUGAUCUUGUCGUAAGUGUUCUACCAGCAACCAAUCGACAAUAUUUCAUUUUAGCGUUGUCUUUGCCGUUACGUUGGCCUCGCGUUACUAGAGACCUUUAGAUUGACGUUUACGGCAAACGUCAAACCGCUAGCGAGGUUUUUGAUUUUACAACUCUAUUAUAAUAGCUUUUACACCAGUUUUGAAAUAUGUUAAACUUAUUAAGCUUCUGCUCUUUAGCAAUGAUUUAAGAAGGCAAAUUAACCACUAGUCAUGCCAUUCACCAAGCAGUAAAUUAAGAUUUGGCGUUUGAAGUUGACGUUUGGCGUAUAAAUUAACUAAUGAGUCACGUCACUAUACGCACCCUCAUUUGUAUGAAUAUUAAUUACCUCACCCUCAUUUGUAUGAAUAUUAAUUACCUCACCCUCAUUUGUAUGAAUAUUAAUUACCUCACGCUCAUUUGUAUGACUAUUAAUUAUAAAUGAGGUGGUGCACAUCCACCACCUCAAACUCCACCACUUCACACUCCACCACACUCCACCACACUCCUCCUCACUCCUCCUCACUCCUCCUCAAAUGAAAGGUUCAGACGGCCAAGGUAUUACUACUUAUAAUGCAUAGUGCAAUUCCUGCACAUAUAAUAGAAUUCCUUGUUUUAAAAUUCUUUUUUUAUAAAUUCUUGUAAAUUUUACUUAAUUCAGCUUAUGGCUGCAAUGUAAACUUCAAUAAACUAUCUAUCUAUCCAUCUAUCUAUCUAAAAUGAUUUCAAAUUCUCGCAUGCAAAUAAGUUUGCUUUCUUUUUUAUUCAAAAAUUUUAAUAUAAUAAAAAGGGUAAUCAACAAAGAUACACUGAAAUUAUAUGCUCAUUUAAAAUAUACGCAACGAUCAGCUUUUAAAGCAAUUAUAAAACAAGCAAUACAUCAAACUUACCUUCGUUAACUAAGAUGGCGGUCAUGAAAACGUGAUCAACUAAGAUGGCGGUCAUGAAAAAAUGCUCUCUGUGAAAUAUUUAUAUUUUUAGCACAAAUUGAGUAUGUUUAUCUACUUUAUAUUACUGAUCAUGAGUUAUACACUUUCCAAAAUGUCAAGGACAUAAAAAAUUCGAAUAAGAACGCGAUUGAUGAAGGCGAGAACCUAAACAACAUAUGGGAGAAAUUUGUGCUUAAGCUGAAUGAUUGGGUUACAAAUCUAUUGCAGCGGGUGCUGUUAAAAACAUAUUGACGAAUUUGUGUCAUCAACAGAAUUUAAAAAAUCCCUCGGUGAAAGUAUCAAUUUUGACUCGCAUAUAUAUAUAUAUAGUUUCCUAUUUGGAGUCAUCUGGACACUUAACAGGCAUUUGAAUCCGUUUUGGCGCUCGAAUGAAGGCGAAGUUUGGUAAAAUAUGAGCUACAGAAUUAUUUCAAAGUAUAACAACCAGCGAAUAAGUAAGCCACUAAGGUUUCGAGUAAAAUUGGCCCAUUAAAUGUUUUAAAUAUAUAUACAAACGUUUUGCGACAGCCGACCUCUGAACUUUGAUAAAUAGGCUAAACUAAUAAAGGGUUAUAAAGCUUAUGCGCGUUCUAAGUCUGUAUCAUGCAGCGCCGAUUUCUUAUUCCUGCUUAUGUAUCGAUCAAUUGGAAACUUCACCCCCCCCCCCGGCCGACCCCGGGAAUUUGAACUUUUUGAAAUUUGACUGAUCAAAUUCUCCACCCCCUGUGCAAAAAAUGUCUUCAAAUGCCCAACUGUAACAAGAAAUUAAGCGUUCAAAUGCCCACCUUCAUAUGAAAAUUAUGAAACAGUAAAUACAAAAAGUACAAAAUAUACGGAAAUGUUUUUCGACAAGAUAGCGAAAUUCACGUAAUACCUUGUGGAAAUUUAACAGUUUUACACAAUUAUGUAGUACAUACCUUCAGGUGAAGCACAUAGAUUUUCCAUGCCCGUUUCUUUGAGCCAGUUUUUCACAAAAUUGAGGCCGUUUCCCUCGAAAUCUGAGAAAACUGUAUUUGCCGCCAAUGCGAAGUAUUUUCUGUGCAUGCAGGAAGCACGCGAAAACGGGCAAAAUCUUAAGACUUCCGGUUCAAAUUCCCCACCCCGUUAUCAAAUACCCCACCACAUGGAAGACCUAGAACGUCAAAUUCCCUACUCCCUGGAGAAGACUUGAAGUCAAAUCCCUGGGGUAUGCCCGGGGGGGGGGGGAUGGUGAAGUUUCGAAUUGAUCGAUACAUCAGUUUCUCAUAUGAAACAAUUAUGUUUUAAAGUACAUAAAUACACAUCGUAUAUUAAUAUGGUCGGCUAAAUACUUUAUUAGUCAAUUGUGUAUUGAUGUGUUUCAUAAUAUUUUGUUUCACGGCAGGAGCAUUGUCCUUAUAUAGGUUAGUGGGCAGGAGUCUCUAUUAUUAUGGCGUGUACGAAUUCGUCACGCGAAAAACAACAAAGUGAAUGCUUUUCUGGCUGAUCUGAAACACGCUCCGUGGAGCCUGGUUGAUUCUUUCGACAAUGUGGACAGUAUGUGUUCUGUAUGGGAAUCACUGAUGAAAUCCUUAAUUGACCAACAUUUCCCCUUAAAGCGAAAGCGUAUACGAAGACAGACUCACCCAUGGCUUGAUAGCACUACACUCAAGCUCGUGAGAACACGUGAUCAAAUGCACAAAAAGGCAAAAAGAUCAGAACUGUCUCAGGACUGGACACAGGGGGCCCCACUAUGAGUUAUGGCUGAAAUAAUAUUGUAUUUAUUUUUAAAAACCCACUUGAAUCCAUUGAUAAUCGAUUAUUUCUUCUCACGAAAUUCUGUAAACAUUUUAAACUGCUUGGAGUCAUUAUACUAUCACUCUGCAUGACGUUUCACGAAGUAUAGAUGAUCGCUGACAAGUAAGGACCGCGGACGCGAAAAGACGAAGGCGGCGAAAGAAGGGAGAAUUAAACUAAAGGGUUGAAACUUCGGCGGGUCAUCGUUUGAUGUGUUUCAUAAGUAGGUUGUUCUCUGGCAAUUUCGCACGGGGCCCCAAUGUGAGUUAGGAUUGAAAUAAUAUUGUAUUUAUUUUUAAAAACGUACUUGAAUCCCUUGAUCACCAUUAUUUCUUCUCUCGAUGUUCUGUAAACCUUUUAAACGGCUCGGACUCAUUAUACUUGACGUCACGAGAACAACCUACUUAUGGAACACAUUAUGCGAAAAAACCCUUCGAGUGUUUCAUGUAAAAACACAAAUCGUUUAUUGAAUCUACUACAUCAGUUGUGAAGAUAUGUCCAAAAAGACAUAGAAUCUGAAAAAAAAUAUUCGAAAACACAAAGAAAUUGUGAAUUUUAAGGCAUUUAGAAAUGUCAUGUAGUCGAUGUUUCAACCCUUUAGUUUAAAGGUUCGGUCACACGGAGCGACAAGUCGCAGGGGCAUGUUGCAGGGACAUGUCGCGGGGUCGAAUUUCAUCGUGUGUCACAUGUGUAAGCGUUGUCGCGGGGACAAAAUAUUGUCCCCGCGACAUGUCGCAUGAAGUCAAAUUGAUUUGAUUUCAUGCGACGUGUCACGGGGACAAAAACCGUUGCCGCGACUUGUUGCAUCGUGUGAGCUAGUCUGUUCACAAGUCGCGGGGAAAUAAUUAGUCCGACCAAUCACAAAAUAUCAUUCCCAUGACUACUUGCACGCUCAAUUUCAAUAUAAGUCCUCAUGGGAGUUCUUUGACUUGUCGCAUGAAUUGUCGCCUCGUGUGACCACGCGCCUGUAAGCGCUUGUGCGACUUGUUUUCACCUAGCAUUGUCGCUUCGUGUGACUCGUUUCGGGCGACAUGUCCCUGCAACAUGCCCCCUGCGACUUGUCGCUCCGUGUGACCGAACCUUAAUUCUCCCUUCUUUCGCCGCCUUCGUCUUUUCGCGCCCGCGGUCCUUACUUGUCAGCGAUCAUCUAUACUUCAUGUAGAGUGAUAGUAUAAUGAUUCAAGCAGUUUAAAAUGUUUCGAUUAUCAAGGGAUUCAAGUAGGUUUUUAAAAAUAAAUACAAUAUUAUUUCAAUCAUAACUCAUAGUGGGGCCCACUGUGGACUGGAAUGAAUACAGACGCCUUCGUAACAAAGUAACCGAAAUAAACAGAAAGGCAAGAAAAGAUUACUUCAGAAACAAGCUUGAAGAAAAUCGUGGAAAACCUAAAGCUUUCUGGGACGCAUUACGUCUGGUCCUUCCAUCCAAGAAAAACUGCAAUGAAAUUGAAAAGUUAGUGGUUGAUGGUGAAGAGUUAAGUGACAAGCGUGACAUUGCUAAUUCUUUAAACGAAUAUUUUACAACAAUUGCAUCCUCGUUGUUAGCCAGUCACCAAUCCCACGCAGCUCCACAGCAGGAAAACGACCCGGUCAUUUCAAAAAACACUUUUAAAUUUCUUGUCUUGAAUGAAGACGACGUUUUCAACUUCUUAGAAACGAUGGAUAUAUCGAAAGCUACAGGAGCAGACAAUAUUUCGGCUAAAGUCUUGAAGACCGCUGCUCCCUAUAUCAGCAACGUUGUAUCUAACAUAUUCAAUGCAUGCUAUCAGUACGGUCGUUUUCCGUCGUCGUGGAAAACGGCGAGAGUGACACCAUUGUUUAAAGGCGGGUUCAAGACUGAUCGUAACAACCGAAGACCAAUUUCCGUUCUGCCCUGCAUAUCAAAGGCGCAAGAAAUAUUCGCCAAUCUCGAUCUACAAGAAUUCGCAGCGGAGAAUAAUCUUAUCGGUGACCAUCAAUUUGCGUACGCCAGGAACUCGUCAACUACAGCAGCACUUAUUAUUACCGUUGACUCGUGGAAGUUUGCUAUAGACAAAGGAGAGAAAGUUGUUUGUACCUUCCUAGACUUGAGAAAGGUAUUUGACAUCAUAGAUCAUGACAUCUUGAUAAGCAAACUAUCGAAAAGCGGAGUGACGGGAAACGAACUGAAAUGGUUCACGAGUUAUCUACACGAAAGGAAGCAAUUUGUCUCGUGCGAAGGCGUAGAGUCGCAACGGCGUUUAAUUACACACGGGGUUCCGCAGGGUUCAGUCCUCGGGCCGACGCUAUUUAACAUCCAUAUAAACGGGAUCACUGAUGCAUGCAAGGACAGUGAGGCGACGUUGUACGCAGACGAUACAGAAAUCCAUGCGAGCUCGAAAGACAUCGACGUAGCGGAACAACGAGUCAACCAAGACCUUGAAAGUAUCGUGAUGUGGUGGAAUCAGAACGGCCUAAUCAGUAAUCACAAGAAGUGUGAGGCAAUGCUGAUUGGAUCGAGGUACACUGUCAAGAAUACCAGAGAGUUACAGAUUAUCCUUGAUAGAAACACAAUGAAACAGUCAGAAUAUUAUAAGCACCUAGGUGUUUAUAUAGAUAACUGCCUGACAUGGAAUAAACAUAUCACUUAUAUAAAAUCAAGAGUUUACCCAAAACUUAAAUUGCUUAACAGAAUUUCACAUUUUCUUAGCCGCGAUGUUUUGCUAAAGAUCUACAAGCAAACUGUGCUUCCUUUGUUAGAUUACGGAUGCGUCGUAUGGGCUGAAUGCGGACAGAGAAACGUCCAAAGCUUAGAAUGACUACAAAAUCAAGCGAUGCAGGUAGUGUUACACGCGAACCGUAAGUCAUGUACUCAGGAGAUGCGUGCUAAAUUACCCCUUUUGUCACUGUACGGAGGACGUCGUCUUAUAAGAUUGCAAUACGUUUAUAAGAUCGUAAACAACAUAAAUUGCCCAAAGCAGUUGAUAGGCUAUCUAGUGAGACGAUCACAAAUGCACUGUCGACCUCCAACAUUGCUAGAUUUACCGCCUGUAAGAACUAGAUGUGGCGAGACUUCAUUCAGAUUCUCGGCUGCCAGAGAUUGGAAUUCUCUACCGAAAGAAAUACGAGAAUUAAAAACACUUGUGCGGUUCAAGAAUGAAGUGUUUAAAUACUUGAUAAACAUGGAUGCUGUUACGCACAAUUGUAUUUUGUAAUUUUAGACAUCUUAAGGCCUGUUUACACCCGCAAUCUUUGCUGCGAUUUUGGGUGCGGUCUUUUUCUUCUGGUGGGAGUGGGCGGGAGGAUGAGUUGUGAAUGUUCAGAUGAAGGUACAUAUACUCAGAACAUUCAUUGCUCAUCUACUGGUUCGCAUGCAUCGGGGGAGGAGGGUCGCGCCUGGAGUCGCAGCGGGGGUUGCGGGUGUAAACGGUGUUUACAUUAUAUAGCCUUAUUUAUGCACUGUUAUACGCACUUAUGUUAUUGUAUAUAUACUUGUUAUACACUGAUCACCUAUUGAUACCAGCCAAUCUAUGUAAUUGACUGAACGGUCUUUUUAUCAGUAUAAAUAAAGAUUUUAUUAUUAUUAUUAUUAUUAUUAAAAAUGCGUUCGGAUUGUGCACGCAUUAAGGUCCAUACAGACCGAACGCGAUUCGACAACGCGACGCGAAUUUUCAGUUUUUAAAAACAACUAAGAGUUGAAAAACAUAGAAAAAUAUUGAAGUUAAAUGUCAUUGAAAAUUGAAAAUUCGCGUUGCCAAAUCGCGUAGGUAGGUAGGUAGGUAGGUAAAACUUUAUUUAACUACGCUAACCCCUACAGCGAAGGCUGAUUUCCAAGGGGGGCGUAGAUUUAAAUAGUUAAAAAAUACAAUUGAUACAAAUUAUGGUCAUACAUUACAUUACAUUACAGUUAACAACAAUUACAAUACAUUUACAAAUACAACUAGUAUAUAAUUAUUUACAAAUUAAAUUAAUGUUAGUACUGUUCAAUAUUUUAGAUUAACGUAAUUAUUUUAUUAAUUAAUUAAUUAAUUGGCCAGGUGUCGUAUACAUGAAUUAAACGAAGCAAGAGUAUGUUUGUUUCUUGCUUCAUCAGAAAGGCUGUUCCACAAUUUCGCUCCUCUAUAACUAAGACUUUUUUUAAGAUAUUCAGUCUUAGGUUUGGGCAAACCUUUUGUUUGGUUAACUUUUUUUAAGAUAUUCAGUCUUAGGUUUCGGCGUCCGGUGUGUAUGGACCUUAAGACACAGUUACUGUGGGUUUUUACUACCAUGGAUUUGUUUAUAAUAAGUGUGCAACUAAGUAUCGUCCUACAAUUACAAUCAGUUUAAAUAUUUUGAACUGGAAUAACCGUUUUAGCGCAAAUUACUGGUAUGUCAAUGACCUGUUUAUGCACGCAUAAAUUAUUUUCUGAUUAUGUUCUAGACUAGCUAGUGCUUGUCGGCCAUUCACUUUUUAAAAUUGUCGAUUGACUACUGGGUAGGGUGGGGCAACGAUUUAUUGCUAUUCGUAGAUUCAUGUACGCGUAGCGUACCUAUUUUUGCAUCUAAUUCUGAAACACUUUCUAAAUGUAUAUAUUAUACAACAGUGGAAUUCAAUGUUAAUUUAACAAAAACCCAGAAUUACUUCUCGACGAUCCAUAUUAAUAUAAGAAGCCUUAAGCAAAAUUUUAAUGAUUUCAUGGUUUUCAUGUCCUCUCUUGAUUGUUCUAUAUCUGUUAUUGGACUAUCAGAGACAUGGCUUGACAAAUUAUCUUAUGACUUAUAUCCUAUACCAAACUAUAAUUUUAUAUCUAAACAUAGAAAUGUUAAGCAUGGAGGUGGAGUUGGUCUAUACAUCAACUCCUCUUUUGACUUCAAACUUCGAUCUGACCUUAGCAGGCGUUUAGUGCGGGCGAGAGAAGAGAGGGCGUCGUUAAAUAAACGCCUGCCCAAAUGCCUAUGAUUAAUUUGUUCUUCUCCGAAGAAUCUUCGGAAAAGCUUCCCAUUGGUCAAUCUCGUUAACGGAAGUAAUUACGUAACUCAAAAGUCAACAAUAAUUUUGCUCGCGUAUCGAAAAUAUUCCGCCUGUUAUUGCUUUUCGAGGGAACUCUUAUAUUUCAAGUAUUUAGGCUUCGAAAUUCAGUUGAAACCAGAAUAGAGAAGGUCUAUUAUUAAUUUGCUACGUGGUGAAGACGCCGGUUAUCACGAUUCUUCCUACGGAAUACGGAAAAUCUGCAAAUCAAAGCUUGCCCGAGCGGCAGGGAUCGAAUAUUCCUUAUAGUUGUCUUGUUAUCUGUUCACUUUAAAGUAUAAUUCAAGACCAGAUAGUUGAGGCUACAUCACUUGGCAUUGCAGCUAUGAGGUUGGAUGAUGAUUUUAAGAAUAACAUUUCAAAACAUGCUCAACUGUUAUAAUUUUGCAGUUAAUUUGCUACACGGCAGAAUACGUUUACAAACAACCGUGGUUCAGCUCUGUGAAAAAGCUCUGUGACUGUGUUCAUGUGACUGUUGUCUAAAAUAGCUUCAAAAACUCAUUAAUAAUUCAUGAGGAAGAAACACAAAGAAAAAUCAUAAACGUGUAUCUUUAUAUGUGAUAGAGAUUUCCCUUGAUUUUCAUAAACUGUAAGUUUGAUUUUCUUUACAUACACAACGAAUUUUCCGAAAGCUAUUUCGCCAAUGAACUUAUACUAGAUCGAUCGUUUUUGAAGCAAUUUAAAACAUUCGCAGUGCGUGUUUUAUCAGACCAUCUUUAUAUGUGAUAAAACACUGCUGCUCAUGUUUUACAGUAAAUAGUACAUAAAAUCUCUGCAAAUCUCCCUAGUUGCCGAGCAAAAAGUAUGCAUGAUGCUAAAUAUAAAUCUCGACUAUGAUUGGAUAAUGGGUGAAGGUGCUAAUUACAAAACGUCAAUCAUCCUUAAUGGGCGAAAACAAAUUUGUCAUAGCCAUUUGGGCAGCCGUUUCCUCAGUUCCCGCCCGUCAGCUAAACGCCUGCUACGCAGGCUAAUCUGACCUGGAAUUCUCUCACUCUACAUAUGAAUCUAUAUUUGCUGAAUUAGCUUAACCUCAUAGCAAAAACAUUUUAGUAGGAUGUAUAUAUAAACCACCUGAUGCCGAUAUUAACCAAUUCAAUGAAGAUAUCAACCAGAUUUUCAAUAAAAUAAGUUUUGAAAAUAAAUUAUGUUACAUAAUGGAUGACUUUAAUAUUAAUUUACUUAAUUCUAACUCUCACAAGCCCACUAAUGAUUUUGUUGACAUUCUCCUCCUUAAUAGCUGUUACCCUACCAUAUCUAAACCUACUAGAAUAACUUAUCACUCAUCCACUUUGAUCGAUAACAUUAUCACUAAUAACUUAGACCAUUAUAUGAUAAGUGGCAUUAUUCAUACCGACCUUUCAGAUCGUUUACCCAUAUUCCUAUUUGGUGAUCUAAAUAUAAUACCUAAACCUGAGCCAAAAAGUACACAACAAGACAAGUGGCAUUCCACAGUCUUGAACAAUUUCAACGUAAACUGCAAAAUGUCAACUGGGAUGUUAUUAAUAAUGAAACAAUGACUACUAACCAACUACAUACAUCAUUUAUGAAUAUACUUCAACCUAUUUAUAAUGAGUGUUUUCCAGUGAGAACCUUUACCACACAAACUAUAAAAAAUACUAAGUCUUGGUUUACUAAUGGCUUAUAUAAUUCCUCCAUGAAAAAAGAUCGCCUAUAUAAAAAAAUACCUUCAAAAUCCUGACAUUUCCACUAAGACAACCUAUACGAAUUAUCGUAAUAAGUACAAUUACCUUGUUAAACUUGCCAGGAAAAGUUAUUUGACAACAAUUAUUGACCAUAUUAUUGACCUUGACAACAAUUAUUGACCAUAUUGUCGUAAACUCACCAUCAAGUGUUACGGCAUCUGGUGUAAUCCCAUGUUUUAUUGUGAGUGAUCAUGAUGGAGUAUAUGCUUGUGUUAAUACUAGAGUUCCACAAUUUAAACCAAGAUAUAAAUAUAUUAGGAACACAAGAACCUUUGACAGAUCUGCCUUCAUUAAUGACUUUCGUGUUGACCUAGAUGACCUCAAUCAACAUUUUGUAACGACAGCACAGAGAACUACUGGUUGUCGAGCUGCGGAAGAACACGAACUUGUUGAAAUGAUUGACAAUUUACCUGAUGAUAUGAAUGAUUCUUUUAAACUUAGACAAGUCUCAAAAAAUGAAGUAACGAAUAUUAUCAAAACACUUCGAACUGAUUCAUCAACGGGAUCUGACUGUAUACCUAUCAAUUAUGUUAAGAUGGUUAGUGAGGAUAUUGCUGUACCCAUCACGAAUCUUAUUAAUAAGUGUAUCAGGGACUCUUGUUUUCCCAAAGCUUGGGAAAUAAAGUCACUGGUUUUCGUAAAGGUCAUUCUACCAUCACGACCUUAAUUGGUAUUAAGGAUGACAUAAUCCGUGCUAUGAAAAAGCGUGAAAUCACCUUGAUGGUGUUGGCGGACUAUUCGAAGGCCUUUGACACUGUUAGCUUUAAAUCGAUGAUUACCAAAAUGCGUAAACUAAAUUUCUCUCUCUAUAAAGGCUUUUCUUGUGUGGGUUCUUAAUUAUAUGUCAAAUCGUGCACAGUUUGUUCAAAUUGAUGAUAGAACCUCGAACAAGAUGACUAUAGAUUUUGGAAUACCCCAAGGCUCCAUCCUCGGCCCGAUGUUUCUUAAUUUAUAUGUAGCAGACCUUCAGGAGAAUAUUGAUCAACAAGUAACCUGCUUUCAACACGCAGACGAUUCAACAUUCUAUAAACACUGCAAAUACAUAGAUCUAUUGCAGUGCGAGGCAGAGAUGAACACUGCUCUUGUGCAACUAUCAGACUGGUCUUAUGAUUCUAAUUUAGCUCUCAAUGCAGGAAAAACCAAAUGUAUGGUUUUUUCAACUCAGCAGAUGGCAAGUACUCACUCACUACAUUUGCAUGAGACCAGUCUAGCGGUUGAUGGUAAAUUAUUAGAGCGAAUACGCGUCACAAAACUGCUUGGUUUGCACAUUACCGAAAACCUUACUUGGAAUGAUCAUAUUAAACAAUUGUCCUCGACUUGCUACAGCACCUUGGUCACUCUUAGGAAAAUAAAGAACUUUACUCCAUGUUAUUUACGAAAGCAGUUGGUCGAACAGCUUAUUUUGUCCAAGAUGGACUACGGUGAUCUUGUUUUCAACCCUCUCCCCGACUACCUUUUAAGUAGGCUGCAAAGGAUCCAGUUUUCGGCAGCUAGUUUUGUUACCGGAAAAUAUGUGAACUCUGCCGAAACUCUAUUAAAGCUUAACUGGCUGCCGAUGCGUGAACGUAGAGAUUUCAACCUACUCAAAGCCACCCAUAAAGCAAUUUAUUCACAGAACUGGCCGAAGUAUGCUGCAGUUGAACUAUAUAAACCAGCUCGCAGCCUACGCUCAAGUACCAGCUUAAAUUUGGUUAGGCCCAUGGAAAAGGGUACUUUCCAAGACAUUUCAUCCGAACUGUUCAAUAGCCUACCAUCUGACAUUAGAUCUAUAUACGACUACAGUCAAUUCUGUACAAAAGUUAGGGCUGUACUAAAGUCUCGUAUAAUGUAAAUAUGCACUAACAUUUUCUCUAAAUAUUCAUUUUCUAUAUUACCUAAGUUUGUAUAUAUAUUUACACUUAGCUAAAAAUGUUUGUAUGUAGUUUCAAUAGGGGAAGAGCCACCUCGUGGAUCUUAUUGAUUAAAUCAUUAUUAUUAUUAUUAUUGUAAUUAUUAUUAUUAUUAUUAUUAUUAUUAUUAUCACAAUAAACUUUUGAACCAUAAAUCGGAUUUGCGAGCAACAUGGUCUAUUAAUAGAUCUGUUAUUGGUAGUAAACAAAAGGAAAGGUACCUUCAACUAUGAAAAAUGGCAGUGGAACUUACAGUAAUCCACAUUUAAUUGCUAAUAAACUUAACGAUUUCUUUAUAAAUGUUGGGACCUCUCUUUCAAAUAAGUUUACAGACAUAUCAGACAAUAAUCAUAUAGGGAUUAUCUAUUGGGCUCGUUUAAUGAGUGAAUCUUCCUGACUCCUACUAUCACUAAUUCGUUGAAAAAUAGUUACAGUGAAGGGGUAGACGGUAUUAGAACGCCUAUUAUUAAAACAAGUAUUAACGUACUUGCAGUACCAUUGUGUUACAUAUUCAACUCUUCAAUUGCCAAAGGUAGUGUACCCAACCAGCUAAAAAUUGCUAAGAUCUUGCCUAUUUACAAAAGCAAUGAUUGUCAUAAUUUUUCCAACUUUAGACCGAUUUCUAUUCUUCCUUGUUUCUCAAAAAUACUUGAAAAGGUGAUGUAUAAGAGAUUCAUGGAUUUCCCAUAUAAGUUUCAAAUUGUAAACCACCACCAAUAGAAAAAAAUCAUUCUACAUUCAUGGCUAUACUGGAACUGGUCAACGGAAUUUAUCAUGUUUUGAAAAUAAUAUGCUAAUUGUUGGCGUGUUUCUAGAUCUUAAAAAGGCUUUUGACACUGUCAACCAUGACAUCCUAAUUGAUAAAAUGUCUUUUUUGGUUUUCGUGGUAAUGCUCUUUCAUGGAUAAAAAGUUACCUUAGUGAAAUAUCUCAACAUGUUGAAAUUAACAAUGUUCAAUCUUCACUUAAAACUAUUAAAUGCGGAGUUCCCCAAGGUUCGGUUCUUGGACCAUCACUCUUUCUUGUCUUUAUAAAUGAUAUAUUUAAUACAUCCAACUGCCUAUCUUUUAUACUAUUCGCAGAUGACACAAAUAUAUUUUAUAGUGACAAUAAUAUAAAUUCCCUCAUUAACACACUCAACCAUGAACUUGUUAAAGUUGCUUCUUGGCUUAGAGCCAAUAAAAUUACUUUGCAUCCAGAUAAAACCAAGUUUAUACUCUUUCAUCCUAGCAGAAAAAAAAACAUCGACCCGCUGGAUGAGUUAAAAAUCAAUGAACAUGUAAUAUAAUACUGGGUUUUAAUAGUAUAUAUGGAAUAAGAUAACUUAAUUGUCAUGUAUUUACAUAUUAUAAGUACUACUACUAAUCUAUUAAAAUGUUAUUAAAACUACGUGUGUAGUCGUGUGAAUUACUCCCGUAGUUGUAUCUUGCUUUUUCUGGCGGCUUUGUGCUUAUCGAGUUAUAUUUGUAGCUCAUACUCAAAGAUUAGUGGCAAAUAUGGAAACUAUCCCAUUGACUGCUCAUUUUAUCGACCAAAAUCAAUAUCAAUAAGGAUAUUGUGUACGAAGCUUCCUGGCUCAUGUGGAAAUUGUUCGUGGACGAAGCAUGGAUAUCUGUCGCUGGCGUCUCCAAGGUCCCUUCCAAAAGAAGACCUUACUAUUUAUAUGGACGUUGCCAUAAAUCCUGGACCUGUGGGAGUUCGUGCUUGUAAAUCUGAUUCAACUGUAAAACCUAGUCAAAUGUGUUCGCCAUUAGUGCCCUCGAACUUGAAGACAUUGCUUGCUGCAUCUCCUAUGAUACGUGAAUCAAAGCAAUAUACCUCUCAGAUAAGUUCUCGUAUUUUUACUAUUCCUGUUGUAUAUUCAGGUUUAAGAGAAUGGAAAAGGACUGAAAAACCUAAUUUUCGCUUUCUGCGCCCGGUUAAAACAGUAGAGGAGAAUUUUGAAGUUGCAUAUAAUAUUCAAACAUUAGUCACGCCUCGCCAACCAUAUGUCCGUCUUCAUAAACAAACUGUGAAUCGCAACAACCUUAUCUCGAUUCCUAUAUGCCGAACUGAUGCUAGUUUUAGACCUACCAGAAGGGCCAAGUUUAGCCUCUUAAAUGCAAGAUCCAUUAGCAACAAAUCUACAGCAAUCAGAGAAUUUAUUGCCAAUAAUAGUGUCGAUAUUUUAGCUUUAACUGAAACGUGGCUGAAUCAAGACAGUCAGAAUGAAUAUAUAAUUAGAAAUUGUACGCCUUUGAAUUAUGUCUUUAAGCACGUUGCCAGGAAAUCCAGAGGUGGUGGAGUGGCAUUGAUUUACAAAAAGGCUUUUGCGUUUAAGCAAAUCUCUCGGAUGCAGUUUAAAUCGUUUGAAUAUAUGGAUAUGGUAUCUAAUGUUUCAAAUCCUGUAUCAUUGUUGUGUAUAGGCCACCACCUUCUACAUCAAAUGGUCUGACUUGUGAAUCGUUCCUGUCCGAAUUUAGAUCCUUCCUAGAACAAAUUAUUCUUGAUGCCGGACAUUUCAUUAUUACUGGGGAUUUUAAUUUCCAUGUAGAUGACCAAAACAAUUCACAAGCGGCAAAAUUUUUGGAUAUAAUCCAUUCCUUUAACCUUAAGCAACACGUAUGUGAACCUACUCAUAAAGACGGCCAUACUCUCGACCUAAUUAUUACACGCUAUGAAGAUAACAUCAUUGACUCAUUAUAUAUCAACGACCCGGGUAUUUCUGACCACUUUUCUGUAAAUGUGAAUGUUUUAGUUGAGAAACCUAAACGACAAAGGAAAGAAAUUUGUUGUCGCAAGCUAAGGAACAUAAAUUAUGAAAAAUUUUGUACAGACCUUGAAAGAUCGUCUCUUAUGUCUGAAUCAACUGGGUCCUUGCCAGUCAGUGAACUAGUUGAGGAAUAUGAAACUGUGCUCAGAUCAUUAUUAGACACUCAUGCUCCCCUACAUAAUAAAUUGGUCACAAUACGUGAUUUUUCUCCUUGGUACACACAGGAAAUUCAUGCAGAAAGAAUUAUUAAAAGGAGACUUGAAAGGCGUUGGCGUUCUUCUAAUAUGGCGACCGACAGAGAUCUGUAUGUUAAGCAAUGUAUGAAAGUCAAUGAUUUGAUCUUUCAUUCGAAAAUGUCUUUUUAUGGUGAUUUGAUUGAUAGUUUGGGACCUGAUCAACGAAAUCUCUUUAGUACUGUAGACAAGAUGAUUCAUAAAAAAGCGGAAAAGCUUUAUCCUUCAUCUGGUGUUUCUGGUAAUUUGGCAAAUGAUUUUGCGAAUUUCUUUUGUACCAAGAUUACAAAUAUAAGAUCAACAUUGCUGUCUGAAACAUCUAUGAAUUUCGAUUAUGACAAGACAUACCCAAUACAGGCUGAGCUAUCCACCUUUACCCCUGUAACAUCUGAAAAUCUUGGGAAAUUAAUUGAUAAAAUGUCAAGUAAAUCAUGUCAACUGGAUCCUAUACCAGCUUCUGUUUUUAAAAAGUGUGGUCAUCUAUUACUUCCUGUGAUAACAGACAUUGUUAAUCUUUCUCUGCAUCAUGCAUUGGUCCCACCCAGUUUGAAAAUGGCACUUCUGCUACCAUCUAUGAAGAAACCGUCUCUGGAUCAUGAAGAAUUCUCAAGCUUUCGACCAAUUUCCAAUUUGAAAUUUUUGUCAAAGGCUGUUGAAAAAGUUGUUGCGUCCCAAGUUGAUACUUAUAUUAGGGAUAAUAACUUGUAUGAAGUGUAUCAAUCAGCCUAUAAAAAGUAUCAUAGCACUGAAACUGCUUCAGUUAAAGUUCAAAAUGAUAUUCUCCUGGCAUUAGACAAUCGGUCAUCGGUAAUACUUUUGUUUUUGGAUUUGUCGGCUGCCUUUGACACGGUUGAUCAUCAAAUAUUACUUUCCCGAUUGGAAAAAAGGUUUGGUUUCAACGGUAAAGUCUUGGAAUGGUUUUCAUCAUAUCUAUCUGAUCGCACACAGUUUGUUAAG